GGGGGGGGGGGGUUCGCUCCGUGGCAACGUGGGGAGUGUGUGUGUGCGGCCGGACAGUGUGUGUGGCCGCGAGGAGCUGACCAGACUAGAGCUGGUCCAGAGACUGGCUAAGGACGGCUGCAGACUGCUACAGAACCAGAACUACAGAGUACCAGACCACCGCAACCCCACUGUGAGUACACACGCACACACACCCUCUGACAAAUAUACUUUUGAAUACUAUAUUUUGUGAUAGUAUGCUCUAACUUCGUCAGUGUUUCAAAAUGUGUAUUUGACGGAUGUGUUGGUCCCUUCAUUUCCUUUCCUCCCCUCUGCUUACGUCAGCCAGUUAUCUGUGAGAAGCUGGAACAUUCUGUCUCUCUAGUAUAACAUUCUGUCUCUAGGACAGUGCAUUCGGAAAGUAUUCAGACCCCUUGACUUUUCCCACAUUUUGUUACGUUACAGCCUUAUUCUAAAAUGUUUUUUUAAAUGUCCUCAUCAAUCUACACAUUAUACAUUUACAUUUACGUUUACGUCAUUUAGCAGACGCUCUUAUCCAGAGCGACUUACAAUAGAAGUAUUCAGACCCUUUACUCAGUACUUUGUUGAAGCACCUUUAGCAGCGAUUAGAGCCUCAAGUCUUCUUGGCACACCUGUAUUUGGGAGUUUCUCCCAUUCUUCUCUGCAGAUCCUCUCAAGCUCUGUCAGGUUGGAUGGGGAGCGUCGCUGCACAGCUAUUUUCAGGUCUCUCCAGAGAUGUUCGAUCGGGUUCAAGUCCGGGCUCUGGAUGGCCCACUCAAGGACAUUCAGAGACUUGUCUCAAAGCCACUCCUGCGUUGUCUUGGCUGUGUGCUUAGGGUCGUUGUCCUGUUGGAAGGUGAACCUUCGCCCCAGUCUGAGGUCCUGAGCGCUCUGGAGCAGGUUUUCAUCAAGGAUCUCUCUGUACUUUGCUCCGUUCAUCUUUCCCUCGAUCGUGACUAGUCUCCCAGUCCCUGCCGCUGAAAUACAUCCCCACAGAAUGAUGCUACCACCACCAUGCUUUCAGACGUUCUGCUUGGCAUUCAGGCCAAAGAGUUCAAUCUUGGUUUCAUCAGACCAGAGAAUCUUGUUUCUCGUGGUCUGAGAGUACUUUAGGUGCCUUUUGGCAAACUCCAAGCGGGCUGUCAUGUGCCUUUUACUGAGGAGUGGCUUCCGUCUGGCCACUACCAUAAAGGCCUGAUUGGUGGAGUGCUGCAGAGAUGGUUGUCCUUCUGGUAGGUUCUCCCAUCUCCACAGAGGAACUCUGGAGCUCUGUCUGAGUGACCAUCGGGUUCUUGGUCACCUCCCUGACCAAGGCCUUUCUCCCCCGAUUGCUCAGUUUGGCCAGGCGGCCAGCUCUAGGAAGAGUCUAGGUGGUUCCAAACUUAUUCCAUUUAAGAAUGAUGGAGGCCACUGUGUUCUUGGGGACCUUCAAUGCUGCAGACAUUUUUUGGUACCUUUCCCCAGAUCUGUGCCUCGGCACAAUCUUGUUUCGGAGCUCUACGGACAAUUCCUUCGACCUCAUGACUUGGUUUUUGCUCUGACAUGCACUGUCAACUGUAGGACCUUAUAUAGACAGGUGUGUGCCUUUCCAAAUCAUGUCCAAUCAAUUGAAUUUACCACAGGUGGAUUCCAAUCAAGUUGUAGAAACAUCAAGGAUGAUCAAUGGAAACAGGAUGCACCUGAGCUCAAUGUCGAGUCUCAUAGCAAAGCGUCUGAAUACUUAUGUUAUUUGUAUUUUUUUUUUAUACAUUUGCAAACAUUUCUAAAAACCUGUUUUUGCUUUGUCAUUAUGGGGUAUUGUGUGUGUGUGUGGUGUGUAGGUUGAUGAGGAACAUAAUUUAAUCAAUUUUAUAAUAAGGCUUUAACGUAACAAAAUGUGGAAAAAGUCAAGGGGUCUAAAUACUUUCCAAAUGCACUGUAACAUUCGGUCUCUUGUAUACAAACUUAUGCCUCUAGUAUAUCACAUUCUGUCUCUCUAGUAAAUAACAUUCAGACCAUUCCUUUACUUUCAGGCCAUCAAAUGUCCAAACUCUGUUUUCUCUUACAUCGCUAGCAUACUUCCUCAAACUAAAUGGAUAUUGUUUUGCCUGUGUACGUGUGUAUGUGUUAACGUUAGAUAAACUGUUUGUUAUCAGGAACAUCGUAGACAUUUUUCCCCAUGUCCUCUAGGGCACUGUUGGUUAAACGAGGGGGAGGGGUGGGGAGAGAGGACAGGGGAGGGGAGGGGUGGGAGGGGAGAGAGAGGACAGGGGAGGGGGAGGGGAGAGAGGAAAGGGGAGGGGUGGGGGGAGAGAGGAAAUGGGAUGGGUGGGGGAGAGAGAGAGGAAAGGGGAGGGGGGGGAGAGAGAGAGGAAGGGGAGGGGUGGGGAGGAGAAGAGGAACGAGAGGACGGGAGGGGUGGGGGAGAGCGAAAGGACAGGGGAGGGGUGGGGGAGAGAGAGAGGACAGGGGAGGGGUGGGGGGGAGAGAGGAUGGGGGGGAGGGUUUGUGAUGGUGGGGAGAGAGGACAGGGAUGGUGGUGGGGGGAGAGAGAGGACAGGGGCGUCGGGGAUGGGGACCGGGAGGAGGAAGGGAGGGGUUGGGAGAGAGGACAGGGGAGGGGUGGGGAGGAGAGGACAGGGGCAGACGAGAGAGGAAUGGGAGGAGAGGAGAGGACUGGGAGGGGUGGGGGAGAGGGGGAGGGUGGGGGGGAGAGGGGGAGGGGGGGGGAGAGAGAGGGAACAGGGAGGGGUGGGGGAGAGAGAGAGGGGGAAAGGAAGGGGAGGGAGGAAGAGAGGGAGUUGGGGGGAGAGAGAGGGAAGGGAGGGUGGGGAGAGAGAGGCGGGAUGGGUGGGGGGAGGAGAGGGACUGGGGAGGGGUGGGGGAGAGAGGACAGGACAGGGGAGGGGUGGGGGGGAGAGAGAGGACAGGGGAGGGGAGGGGUGGGGGGAGAGAGAGGACAGGAUAGGGGGGGGAGAGAGAGGACAGGGGAGGGGAGGGGUGGGGGGAGAGAGGGGAGGGGAGGGGGGGGGGGGAGAGAGGACAGGGGAGGGGUGGGGGAGAGAGGAAAUGGGAGUGGGGUGGGGUGGGGGAGAGAGAGGACAGGGGAGGGGUGGGGGGGGGGGAGAGAGAGGACAGGGGUGGGGUGGGGGGGGAGAGGAGAGAGGACAGGGGGGGAGGAGAGAGGUCAAAAGAUGCGUUUUUGAUACAGCAUGUCAGAUUUCUAAUGUUUAGGUGUAGCCUAGGUUGCUGCAACAUUUAUGUCAUGAGUUUUUGCUUGUGUCUGUCCGGAGUGAUUAUGUGUUAUCAUCUUUGCUAAAUAAAUACUGGAGGAAAGUGGAAAGCCUACUUGAGCGCACGCUUUUAAUGGAUGACGUGAUGGAAGCUAUCAAAUCAUUUGGAAUUGGUUUCGACAUCCCAGAAAAGACAGUCAAAAGUUCGAUAUGUUCAGCAAGUAAAGCAUCGUAACCUGCAAUUACCUCUGAAAGCUCUUUGCAGUUGCCCUUGUUGGCGGAAAUUUCCCUCUCUUCGUGUCCUCUAAAAGCAAGUGCUUGCAUACCCCAAAACGCAGUGGUGUUGAUAAGCAGCUUGAGAACAUCCCUGUUUCUUCUUACUUUCUCGUUGUGUUGCGCAGUUUGAAUACGCAGACCUUCAUCAUAAUCAAUGCAGCUUUUUCACAGAAGCUUGAUCUGAUGUGGGCAUUUAUAUGCUCCCUGCUUUUGGCAAGGGCAACAAUACAGGCGGCUUGAUGAAAGGCUCCCUGUUAACCAGCUAUACUGUUGAUACCAGUUGGUAUUGAACGCCCUCACUUUUUCAUCCUUCUUCAUGAAACUGAUCUCAGGCAGAGGUCGACCCUCACUUUUAAUUCGCACCUAUUCCGUGUACCCCAGAGAAUGAAAGGGGUUCUUCAACAAAAAGUCCACAACAUUUUCGGCAGCGUUGGCCAUUCUACCAUUCUGGGGGAGAAAACUGCACACUCGAGCUGGUAACGUUAGCUAGCUAGCUACUGAAGUUAGCAAGGCAAAUGUAAAUAAAUUGCACUAACUGGACACAAAAAUAAAGUUAUAAAACCAAGAAAACAAUUUAUAAUAUACCUCCUCUGUGUCCUGUAAUUUGAAAAAAACUAAUUUGAAUGGAAUAAUAUCCCAAAAAUGCUCAACUAUCACUCUUCACUCUUAAUCUCUAUCCAACAAUGUCACCAAGCUUCUCAACACAUAGAACCCCCAUAAUGCUCUGUGGCACAAUCCCAAUACAACACCCUAGGUUCAUUCUCUGAUCCGAAUUCUAUGAUUGGAUGGACAACGUGGGUUCAUACUGCAAAAGCUUUGAUUGGUUGGAGGACGUCCCCCGGAGUUGGUCAUAAUUACCAUGUAUGUCUAUGGAAGGGGGUGAGGCCUACGAGCCUCCUAGGUUUGUAUUGAAGUCAAUGUAGCCAGAGGAUGACGGAAGCUAGCUGUCCUCCGGCUACACCAUGGUGCUACCCCAGACAGUUCUGUUGAAGUUACUGUAGACCUUCAUUGCAAAACAGUGUAUUUUAAUCAAUUAUUUGGUGACAUAUGAAUAUAUUUAGUAUAGUAUCUAAAAAAUUUAACUUUUUAAAUGUUUCACUAUUUUUAUUUUUAAUGAAAUUUCACUGAGGAAGAUGGUUCCCUUCUUCCUCCUCUGAGGAGCCUCCACUGUUCUGCAUACAAUACCAAUGUACAAUUCUUCUCUCUAUCGCUCUCUCGCUCUCAGGGAGAGGCAGUAGGGAGGGUGUGUCUUAAGGAAAGGGGUCAGGACGUCCUUGUGCUACAGAGAGUGCCAUCAUCAGUGCCAUCACCUAACCCCGCCUCUUCGCCAUCAGGGGGAGGGGCCAGAGCGGAGGACGGAGAGAAGAGGUCAGUAUCCUUCUCUUUCACUUUCAAUCUCUCUCUUUGUAGGCGUUGCUGGAAUAUACGAGUGAAUCAUCUCCCGAGUGGCGCAGUGGUCUAAGGCACUGCAUCGUAGUGCUAGCUGUGCCACUAGAGAUCCUGGUUCGAAUCCAGGCUCUGUCGUAGGCGACCGGGAGACCCAUGGGGCGGCGCACAAUUGGCCCAGCGUCGUCCAGGUUAGGGGAGGGAAUGGCUGGCAGGGAUGUAGCUCAGUUGGUAGAGCAUGGCGUUUGCAACGCCAGGGUUGUGUGUUCGAUUCCCACGGGGGGCUAGUAUGAAAAAAAAUUAAACAAUAAAAAAAUUAUGUAUGCACUCACUAACUGUAAGUCGCUCUGGAUAAGAGCGUCUGCUAAAUGACUUAAAUGUAAAUGUAAUCAUAUACAGUGCAUUUGGAAAGUAUUCAGACACAUUGACUUUUUCCACAUUUUGUUACGUUACAGCCUUAUUCUAAAAUGGAUUAAAUUAUGUUUUCCCCUCAUCAAUCUACACACAAUACCCCAUAAUGGCAAAACGAAAACAGGUUUUAAGACAUUUUUGCAAAUGUAUUACAAAUAAAAAAACUGAAAUACCUUACUUACAUAAGUAUUCAGAAAGAUGAACGGAGCAAAGUACAGAGAGAAAACCUGCUCCCAAGCACUCAGGACCUCAGACUGGGGGUUCACCUUCCAACAGGACAACGACCCUAAGCACACAGCCAAGACAACGCAGGAGUGGUUUCGGGACAAGUCUCUGAAUCUCCUUGAGUGGUCCAGGUAGAGCCCAGACUUGAACGUGAUCGAACAUCUCUGGAGAUACCUGAAAAUAGCUGUGCAGCGACGCUCCCCAUCCAACCUGACAGAGCUUGAGAGGAUCUGCAAAAAAGAAUGGGAGAAACUCCCCAAAUACAGGUGUGCCAAGCUUGUUGUGUCAUACCCAAGAAGACUUGAGGCUGUAAUCGCUGCCAAAGGUGCUUCAACAAAGUACUGAGUAACGGGUCUGAAUACUUAUGCAAAUGUCUUAUUUCAGUUUUUAAUUUUUAUAAAUUAGCUAAAAUUUCUAAAAACCUGUUUUUGCUUUGUCAUUGUGGGGUAUUGUGUGUAGAUUAAUGAGGGGGGAAAAACAAUUUAAUCCAAUUUAGAAUAAAGCUGUAACAUAACAAAAUGAGGAAAAAGUCAAGGGGUCUGAAUACUUUCCGAAUGCACUGUAAAUGUUAUAUAUGUCCCAUAAAGACCUAAAACGGUAUGCUGUGUAUGUCCCAGACAGACCUAAAACGGUAUGCUGUGUAUGUCCCUUAAAGACCUAAAACAGUAUGCUGUGUAUGUCCCAGACAGACCUGUUCCAUGUCAAGAAAAAUAUUGUAUAUUCUCCCUUUCCCUCUGUCUUAAGUCACACCCUUUGCAUGCCUGCACGCACACCAGCUUCUGCCCUGACAAGACAGAUUGUGUGUGUGUUUGCUUCCUAGAGGAUGUGUGUGUGCUAACUGUUAAGACAGAGAAUGUGUGUGUUCUAGCUGCAAGCAGAAAGAGAGAGGGAGAGAGAGAGAGAGAGAGAGAGAGAGAAUGGUUUUCUUGUCUUGAAGGGAGAAACGAAGCAAAAGAAAGCAAGACUGUUUGCUGCCUAGAGGGUGUGUUUACACUUUCUAAAUGGUGUGUGUGUGUGUGUGUGUGUGUGUGUGUGUCUCUGGUGUUAGGCAGGGAGAGGGGAGGCCUCAGUACAUCCCCUUUUGGGGUAGAGCUACUAUAGAUCCUCUAUAUCUGUGGAGCUCCAGGCAGGCAGGGGGAGUAGGCUGGCUCUUCAGCCCAGGACAGAGCAUCCUGGCCGGGCAUGUUACGCUAGGGAGAGUGAAGCCUCUGGAGGAAUUGAGAUGGACUUGAGAACUGCCACACUAGUGGAGGCAGAGGAAGAUGAAGAGGGUGGUGAUGAUGAUGAAGAUGACUGUUGUAGUAGUUCUGUCCCGACCUUUAACGUCCCUUACCUGCGCUACAUUGAUGAUGAGGAUGAGGAUGACUGGAGUAGUCUACCUUACAUUGAUGAGGAUGAGGAGGGAGAGGAGGAGAGGGAAGAGCGAGAAAGGAGAGGUAGCAGCUCUGAGGAAUACUACUCCUGCUCUUCCUCCUGUGCUUCUGACAGGUGUGUUGGUAUGUGUGUGCGUGUGUGCUUGUUUGUGUGUGUAUGUGUAACUCUUCUUUGUGUGUGUCUGUAGGUAUGUGGUGGUGUCUGGAACACCCCUGAAGAUUCUAGAACACCUGCUCAGUGACCUACGACUGGAUGAGCAGAGAGGAGCACCGGAGAGCAGAGUGUCUGGUGAGUACACAUGAACGCACGCACACACACAUACAGUCUUGUUUAACUAACCUUGUGGGGACACAAUUUAUAACCAUUCCAAAUCCUAUUUAACCUUAACCCCAAAACCUAACCCUAACUUAUAACCGUAACUCCUAGACCUAAUUCUAACACUAAUUAUACCUUAACCCUAAACCCCCAAGAAAUAGCAUUUUACUUUGUGGGGACUAACAAAAUGUCCCGAGUUGGUCAAAUUUUGGUUUGUUUACUAUUCUUGUGGGGACUUCUGGUCACACAUACACACAGCAGAUAGUUUGGUGAUUGUGGGAUCUCCCAAAUAUCUAUACUUGGUCCAUUACACUUAUUUAAAUGUACACUAAAUAACUAAAUAACUUAACUUGUGUGUUUGUUUGUAUGUGUGUUUGUGUGCACCAAUCCCUCCCCUGCUCUUAGGAAUUUCCCAACAUGUUGCAACAUAACCACUACUUUAAUUUUUUCUUUUUUUCUUUCUUUUUUUCUUUCUUUUUUUCUUUCUUUUCUUUCUUUCUUUCUUUCUUUCUUUCUUUCUUUCUUUCUUUCUUUCUUUUUCUUUCUUUCUUUCUUCUUUCUUUCUUUCUUUCUUUCUUUCUUUCUUUCUUUCUUUCUUUCUUUCUUUCUUUCUUUCUUUCUUUCUUUCUUUCGAAUAUAUUGUACAUAUUUCAGUGUUGUCUAACUAGCGUGACCUAUGGGAAAUGCUGACAGAAGACCAUCUUGGUUAAAAGAGUCUUCGGCCCUAAUGGUCACCAGUCAAAAAGAGAGCUGAAUGGGUGGAGGAUAGGAGAUGGAAUGAGUGGGGAGAAAAAGAAAGAGGUGUGAGUGAGAAUGCGUGUGUGUUUUAAACAGCAACAUGUUUAACAAGCUGAAACAAGCCUAAAGCGAGAUUAAUCCACAACACUACAAUACCAAAUUACUAACAUUAGUUCUGUGGGCCGGGUGUGUGUGUGUGUGUGUGUAGAUGAAGAUGAAAGGAGAGUUGUUAACAUAGAGAAAAUGAAAGCAAUUGGAAGGAGGGAGGGGGAGAGAGGUGUGGAGAGAGGGAAAGAGGUAGAAGCCAGCUAAAUAGGCUAGUCGUUUAAAGUGGUGUUCUAUAAAAAGCUUGCUUUCCUAUCUAAACGUCAGAUAGCUGGUUAGUUAAUUAUUCAUAGGAACCUUUCUGCUGCUCCAUCCACUGCCCUGCGGAACCAUUCAUUUUUUAGUCACAUGUUUCCCAUGGACAGAGUUUAACGUUGUGCAGCAAGCUCAGCCUGCACAGAUGCACUAAUCUUGAUAGCAUAAUGAGUGGCUAUUUGGGAUGUAAGAUGAUUUGUAGAUCAGUGAUUCUGCGCAGCGCCUUGCUCAGGCCGAUGGCAUUCUCACCCCUUCAUGAAACUGCAUUGCCAGGGCUUGACCUGUAUAAUCCACCAUUACUUAAACCAUUCCAUUCCUUCUGAAACCCCACUCUUCAGGGAGAAGGGAAGAGACUAUGGCUGGGCGAUAUAUCAAAUUAAUUAGAAAGUAUGUUUUUGCACAAUAUUCCAAAUGCCUGUAUCGCAAGAAUCAAUGUAUACUUUUUUAUGUCCGCUUCUUCUCAUGUUGUCUUUUUGGUCUCGUCUCCUUCGCUCCUCUGUGCUGUGUGCACCUUCCCCUUUACACCAGAGAUCUGUAUAUCAGGACGAGAUGCUCAUGUCUCUGCCCUAACAAUGGGAGUUGUUGUCCCAAAGGCUUGAAGGCAGGCGACAAGCUUAGGUCCAAAAUAAGACCAUAGAAAUGCAUAGGGUUUAUUUUGAACUGAUUUUGGCGAGAGUGAAACCUUGCGCUUUGCCUCUUCCUCUCUGUUUACACACACACACACACACACACACACACACUAAGCCCCUCCCCCGCCACUCACAACAACAAAGCUGAGAGAUCACUUCUUCCUCUCUGACAAGAGGUUUCAACUCGCUAUUUGCAUUUGAGGUUUGGUCCAACAGAAUCGGUCAUAUGGACACAGAAACAUAUUGAGAAAUUAUUUUACUGUAAUAGAGAAGUUAACCCUUCUAAAAAAAAAAAACCUUUUUAUGUCUCAACUGCUCUAAUUGCCAUCUAGCUCUGUUUUAUAGCCGCACCCUCAGAGCAUGUGCAGACUAACUAGCUGUUGUGUUUUCGUUAUCCUGCUUCAAGAUGUCCACUGUCAUCCCUGUGCCCAAAAAAGGGAAAGUAACUGAACUGAAUGACUUCCAUCAUCAUGAAGGACACCUACAACACCAGGUCAAGAAGAUCAUCAUUGACCUCAGCCACUUGAGCCACGGCCUGUUCUCAUGUCAAAUCAAAUCAAUUUUUAUUUGUCACAUGCGCCGAAUACAACAGGUGUAGACCUUAUCGUGAAACGCUUACAAGCCCGUAACCAACAAUACAGAGUAAGAAAAUAUUUGCUAAAUAAACUUAAGUAAAAUAAGUAACAAUAAAUAAACUAAAGUAAAAAAAUAAAAAAGUAACAACAACGAGGCUAUAUAUCAAUCAAUCAAUUUUAUUUUAUAUAGCCCUUCUUACAUCAGCUGAUAUCUCGAUGUGCUGUACAGAAACCCAGCCUAAAACCCCAAACAGCUAGUAAUGCAGGUGUAGAAGCACGGUGGCUAGGAAAAACUCCCUAGAAAGGCCAAAACCUAGGAAGAAACCUAGAGAGGAACCAGGCUAUGAGGGGUGGCCAGUCCUCUUCUGGCUGUGCCGGGUGGAGAUUAUAACAGAACCAUGCCAAGAUGUUCAAAAAUGUUCAUAAGUGACAAGCAUGGUCAAAUAAUAAUCAGGAAUAAAUCUCAGUUGGCUUUUCAUAGCCAAUCAUUAAGAGUUGAAAACAGCAGGUCUGGGACAGGUAGGGGUUCCAUAACCGCAGGCAGAACAGUUGAAACUGGAAUAGCAGCAAGGCCAGGCGGACUGGGGACAGCAAGGAGUCACCACGGCCGGUAGUCCCGACGUAUGGUCCUAGGGCUCAGGUCUCUCAGUUGGCUUUUCAUAGCCGAUCAUUAAGAGUUGAAAACAGCAGGUCUGGGACAGGUAGGGGUUUCGUAACCGCAGGCAGAACAGUUGAAACUGGAAUAGCAGCAAGGCCAGGCGGACUGGGGACAGCAAGGUGUCAUCAUGCCCGGUAGUCCUGACGUAUGGUCCUAGGGCUCAGGUUCUCAGAGAGAAAGAGAGAACGAGAGAAUUAGAGAGAGCAUACUUAAAUUCACACAGGACACUGGAUAAGACAGGAGAAGUACUCCAGGUAUAACCAACUAACCCCAGCCCCCCGACACAUAAACUACUGCAGCAUAAAUACUGGAGGCUGAGACAGGAGCGGUCCGGAGACACUGUGGCCCCAUCCGAAGAAACCCCCGGACAGGGCCAAACAGGAAGGAUAUAACCCCACCCACUCUGCCAAAGCACAGCCCCCGCACCACUAGAGGGAUAUCCUCAACCACCAACUUACAAUCCUGAGACAAGGCCGAGUAUAGCCCACAGAGGUCUCCACCACAGCACAAACCAAGGGGGGGCGCCAACCCAGACAGGAAGAUCACGUCAGUAACUCAACCCACUCAAGUGACGCACCCCUCCUAGGGACGGCAUGAAAGAGCACCAGCAAGCCAGUGACUCAGCCCCUGUAACAGGGUUAGAGGCAGAGAACCCCAGUGGAGAGAGGGGAACCGGCCUGGCAGAGACAGCAAGGGCUGUUCGUUGCUCCAGAGCCUUUCCGUUCACCUUCACACUCCUGGGCCAGACUACACUCAAUCAUAUGACCUACUGAAGAGAUAAGUCUUCAGUAAAGACUUAAAGGUUGAGACCGAGUCUGCGUCUCUCACAUGGGUAGGCAGACUGUUCCAUAAAAAUGGAGAUCUAUAGGAGAAAGCCCUGCCUCCCGCUGUUUGCUUAGAAAUUCUAGGGACAAUUAGGAGGCCUGCGUCUUGUGACCGUAGCGUACGUAUUGGUAUGUACGGCAGGACCAACUCGGAAAGAUAGGUAGGAGCAAGCCCAUGUAACGCUUUAUAGGUUAACAGUAAAACCUUGAAAUCAGCCCUUGCCUUAACAGGAAGCCAGUGUAGGGAAGCUAGCACUGGAGUAAUAUGAUCAAAUUUCUUGGUUCUAGUCAGGAUUCUAGCAGCCGUAUUUAGCACUAACUGAAGUUUAUUUAGUGCUUUAUCCGGGUAGCCGGAAAGUAGAGCAUUGCAGUAGUCUAACCUAGAAGUAACAAAUGCAUGGAUACAUUUUUCUGCAUCAUUUUUGGACAGAAAAUUUCUGAUUUUUGCAAUGUUACGUAGAUACAAGGGGUACCGGUACCGAGUCAAUGUGCAGGGGUACGGGUUAGUCGAGGUAAUAUGUACAUGUAGUCAAUUUGUAAGUCGCUCUGGAUAAGAGCGUCUGCUAAAUGACGUAAAUGUAAAUGUAGGUGGGGGUAAAGUGACUAUGCAUAGAUAAUAAACAGCGAGUAGCAGCAGUGUAAAAAAGGGGUCAAUACAAAUAAUCCAGGUAGCCAUUUGAUUAACUGUUCAGCAGUCUUAUGGCUUGUGGGUAGAAGCUGUUAAGGAGCCUUUUGGACCUAGACUUGGCGCUCCGGUACCGCUUUCCAUGCAGUAGCAGAGAGAACAGUCUAUGACUAGGGUGGCUGGAGUCUUUGACAAUUUUUAGGGCUUUCCUCUGACACCGCCUGGUAUAGAGGUCCUGGAUGGCAGGAAGCUUGGCCCCAGUGAUGUACUGGGCCGUACGCACUACCCUCUGUAGCGCCUUGUGGUCGGAUGCCGAGCAGUUGCCAUACCAGGCGGUUAUGCAACCAAUCAGGAUGCUCUCAAUGGUGCAGCUGUAUAACUUUUUGAGGAUCUGAGGACCAAUCUUCCCUCAAAUUUUUUUGCAACUGAGCAAAUUUCAGGUCUGCUGAGCGCAAACUUGAAUGUUGUACAAAUUCUGUACAACUUCCAGCGCCCGUUUACUGUGAACACUGAGGCUGUAUCCGCUUUAAGUUAGUUUUAACAGUGGCCAAGUAGGCCACUGUGGCUAUUGGAUCAUAAUGUAGGCCUACCAGAGUGGCCUACCAUCAAAAACAAUGGAGAACAUGCAUCCCGUAACAUUUUAACGUGGAUAUAGCUGUUCUAUCAUUCAGCCUACAGUAGCAGCCAAUGUGUGGUGUUCAAUGUAGGCCUACAUUCCAUGAGACUUUUGAAAACAACAUGCAGGGCUUGACAUUAACCUGUUUAUCCACUAGUCCUUCAGACAAGGAGGUGACUGAACAUGUUUUUGUUUGCAAGAAACCACUUUACAAAAUAAAAUGCAUUAUUAUCCCCCAUACCAUUAUUACAGAGAAUCAGACAUUAUGCUACCAUCUGCCUAUUGGAUACUUAGCUUAUUCAAGCCUGUCUCAAAAUACAACACUGCCCCUUUAAGACAAAAAAAAGCUCUUUGUUUGACUUGCUUUUAAAAUAUGUCUAGAAAUGUACACGUUUGUGCUCUUGUAGUCAGCUCUUGCUGACUACAAAUGAUCUAUAACUAGGCUAAUAACUCACUAUCAAAGGAUCUGAACAAAAUGUGCACACGUGGCUGCAUGCAGCUCUUGCUUUGAUCUCAAAACAAGCACAUCUACUUUUUAGGCUAUGUCUCCCAACCCUAGAAGAAAGUUGUAUUAACGCAACUGCAGAGAGGUGUAGGUGGGCCUGGGGAGGUCUAGCUGUUAGGCCGCCGCCUUCAGAGCUCAAAUAACGUGUUGCUGUGGACUCUAAUCUGGCCCACGCCAUUUUGACACAAACCCUCUUUCAACUUUCCUGUCUUUCUCUCACUGUCUGAGGUAUAAAGGUUUGUGACCUGUGAUGCAUUUCCUGUUUCAGAGCUGCUGCUGGAUGACUUCCUGUUGACGUACCUGGUGUUCAUGACGACCAACGACCUCUGUCAGGCCCUGCUCGGACAAUAUCCUUUACACACUGCUUGUGUGUCUAUCUGUCUGUCUGUAUGUGUUUCUGUGUAGUGUGUAUUGUCCUUAACGUUUCCCACCUACAGCAGUAAGCGUGUGCAUGGUCAGGGUCAGGAGGAGGGGAAGGAGGCCCUCUAUAGGAAGAGGAAGGUAUUACACCUAGUUGCUCACUGGACACGCCUAUAUAAGGACUUCCUACGAGAGGACGAACACAUCAAGGCAUUCAUGAAGGUAGGAGGACACACACACACACACACACACAGGUUUGAUAACUAGAGUGUGUGAGGGUUGUCAUGGGGAUUAUCUAGUGUAAACCAGGUAAUAGCUGCCUAGUAACAGGAAGGAAAGGGGAUAUAUUUUGCGUGACAGCGAUAACUUAAGUGUGUGUGUGUGUUUGUGAAUUUGCAGCUAUGUUUUCUCCCCAGCACAUGUCAGCACAUAUAUUUAGGUUUAAGUAUUGUAAAUGUAUCUCUCAAGUGUCUGUUAGAGGUGUUUGUUAAUGUGUGUGUGUGUGUGUGUGUGUGUGUGUGUGUGUGUCAGACUCUCUCCAGGUGUGUGUUAGAGGAUCUUUAUGAGUUUCCGUCUCUGGAGAAAGACAUGAAGGAGUUCCAGAAGCUUCUACGACGCAGACAGUGAGUGUGUGUGUGUGUGUGUACAGCACAAGGAUGCCGUUGUUUAUGAGACAUGAGCACAGCCUAGGGUUUGUCUGUGGGAGGAUGGGGGGGGGGGGGGGGGAGGAAGCUUCAAUGGUCAAGUCAAUCUUUAUUUAUGUACAAGCAAAUAUGGAGUUGUUUGUUUAUUUGUUUCUUUGUUUGAUUUUGUUUCAGCACAGUGGAUGAAUGUCCUCCACAACAGAAGGUGAGAGGGAUGGAAGAAGGGUAACGGGAGAGAGAGAAGAUGGGGGAGAGAUAAUUGGUAGAUGAAAAUGAUCUGUCACUGCCAAGUUAAAGGGAUACUUUGAGAUUUUGGCAAUCCUUUAUCUACUUCCCCAGAUUCAGAUGAACUCAUGGAUUGCAUUGUUAUGUCUCUGCAUCCAGUAUGAAGGAAGUUAGAGUUAGUUUCGCAAGCAAACUCGAAGGCUGUGGUAUCUACUAGCAUGCUAGCAGUUACCAUAGAUUCCCCCAGUCAUUGCGCUGACGCUAGUUAGCAACUUCCUUCAAACUGCACGCAGAGACACUCUGAGGAAGUAGAUACAUGGCUUCAUUGCCAAAAUCCUAAAGUAUCCUUUUUAUAAUCUAAUGGUUUAUGUCCCACUGUCCCCUUCUCCCUCUCUCUCUUUCUCCAUCUCUCUCUAUCCCCCUCUCUGCGGCAGAGCGCCGCGAGGCCCGCGCGCUGGGCCACCAGCGCGGCGGCCCGCAGCCGGCGGCCAGCGCGCGCGGGAGCCAGCCGGGAGCCAGGGCGACGCGGGAGCGCGGAACGGGGGGAGGGCGGGAGAAAAGGCGCGAGAGGAGCGAGGGCAGGGAGGGGGGACGGAGCGGGGAAAGCGGGGAGCGAGGGGGGCGAGAGGAGCGGGAGCCCAGAGCGCGCGCGGCGGGGAGAACCCCGGGGGAGCGGAGGAGAACGCGAGCGGAGCCGGGGGAGGAGAAGGGGGGGCCAGCGGCCCGGGGCGCAGCGAGCGGAGCCCAGCGCGGGCGCCAGAGGCGGGAGGCGCGCGCGGGCGCAAGGGGAGCGCGAAAACAGGGGAGAAGAGGGCCGAGCACGGAGAGCGGGGGGCGGCGCGAGGCGGGCGCGGCGGAGGGGGCGAGCGCGGGAGCGGGGAGGGGGAGGGAGAGAGGAGGGGCGGCGAAGGAAGAAGCACCGCGCGAGAAAGGGGACGGGGGGGAGCAGCGCGGAGGAGGGGAGCCCGCGGCGCGCGCCGCGAGCGAAAGCAGGCGGAGGGCGAGGAGGGCGCGGAGCGGGCCCGAGCGGCGCGCGCGGCGGCGAGCGCGCGCGCGCGCGGCCGAAGCACGCGCGCGGGCGGAGCCAAGCGCGCGCGCGCAGCGCGGGCGAGCAGAGGCCGGGCGAGAGGGCGAGCGCGGGGGAAAGCCGAGGGAAAAAGCGCGCGAGAGGAGCGAGGGGCGGAGGGAGAGCAGAAGAAGGAGGCGAGGAGGAGACGACGAAAGAGCGAGAGGAGCGAGAGGAGAAGCCAGCGGAAACGAGGCGGGAAAAGGGGGGGGCGAAACCGGAAGGCGACGACACCGAGGGAGCCCGCCGCGGGCCAGAAAGCCCCGGGGGCAAGGCGAAGCCCCGUCGCACGCCCGCCGGGGAGCCCGGGGCCAGCAGCGGGCGGGCCCCGCGCGAGAGAACCCGCCCGCCAGCGGGGGCCACCCGCCCCGCGCUCCAGCCCCGCGGAGAGGACCUGAGGGCGGCAGCGAGGAGCGCGCUGCCGCGCGCGGCGAGCCGAGCCGGCGCGCCGCGAGGGGAGAAGGAGGGGCCCAGCGCGCGGAGCCCGCGCGCGCGCGACGCGUCGCAGCCCGCGCGCGCGGGGGCGAGCCGGCGCGGCGCGGCGCGAAGGAGACCGAGCGCGAGGGGGAGGGGCGCACGCGAAGCGAGAGCGGCGGGGGGCCGAGAAGGCGGAAGUCCGAAAGCGAGACGCGCGCGCGGGCAGCACAGGAGCGCACGCGAGGAACAGAGCAAGGCGAGACGCUAAGGCCAGAGAGGAGCCGAGCCGAGGGCAGAUGGACGAGAGAAGCCCACGAGACGCGCGCAGAAGGAGAGACGGCGAGCGAAGACCGGCGAGCCAGAGGCGAAGCGCAGACGAGCGCAAGGAGCAGACCCGGGCGAGCGCGAAAGAUGCGGGAGCGAGAGCCCGCGCGAGGGGCCAGCAGAGAGCGAGCAAAGCGAGGGAGAAGGCGAGCAGAGAGAAGAAGAGAGAGAGGAGAGAGGGAGAGGGAGAAGAGGAGAGAGAGAGAGCGAAAGGUAGGGAGAGGAGAGAGAUGCGAGCGAGAGAAAGAGAGCUCCGAGAGAAAGAUGGAGUGGAGCCAAGAGCGGAGAGAAUCGAGGAAGUAGGCGAGGCAAUGGGUGGGCGGAGCAGAUAGGAGGAAGCGAGCGAAGGACAGAGAGAAAGAAGACAGAAAGAAGGAGCAAAAGAAAGAGAGAGGGGGAGAGAAGAAAGAGAGAGAGAAGAUAGGGGAGGAAAGAGAGAGAAAGAGGAGCAAUUGGAGAGAGAGACGAAGAAGAGAUGAGAAGAGAGAGAAGAAGAGAGGAAAAGAGAGGAAAAGAAAGAGGAGGAAUAUAGGUAGCGAAAGGGAAAAAGAGGGACGAGGAGCAAAGGAGAGAAAAGGAGAGAGAGAAGAGAGAGCAGAAAUGAGAGAGAAAGGAGAGGAAGAGGAGGCCUCCCCACUGCAUCCUCUCUAUCCCCCCUUCUCCAUCUCUACCCUCUUAUCUUAAAUCCUCUCAAAACCCCUAUCUAUCCCCUCUCUCAAACGCUCUUCUCUAAUCCAUUUUCUCUCUUCUUUCUCUCUAUCUAUAUAUAUCUCUCUCUCUCUCUAUCUAUCCCUCUCUCUCCCCUCCCCUCUGUCUUCAUCCCUCUCUCUCUCUCUGUCUGUCUCCAGAGUAAGCCUCUGUUCCAGCAGCUAAGUUUAAAGGAGAACAGUCUGCCACUCCGCUUCCCUCAGGCUGACACCAAGGAGGGUGAGAACACACACACACGUGAUGCUGUGAUUGUAUGUGAUUGAUAUGAUUGAAGUGUCUAGCGGUGCCCAGCCCACAUGGGCCUUCAAGACACUACUAAACACAGUACCAUUUUCUUUGUAAUCAAAACAAAAUAACAUUUUACAAAUUAUACGCAUACAAUAAUCAUGGCCUGUACAGCUACCGUCUAGCCACACUACACAACCAGCUACCGUCUAGCCACACUACACAACCAGCUACCGUCUAGCCACACUACACAACCAGCUACCAUCUAGCCACACUACACAACCAGCUACCAUCUAGCCACACUACACAAACAGUACAUUUCUCCUUCUCCUCCAGGCAUUGUGAACAAACUGAGCAAUCUCAAACACGCCCUGUCUGAAACAAAAUGCAAGCCUCUGCUCGUCCCGUAAGCAGAAUACUUCAGGUUUAUCAGCAACAUUUUUCACAAAAGAACAUCUCAGAUCGCCAUACAGAGGGCAAUAAAACAUUAUGGAUUUCCUUUUCGAUUUGCCCAAGUUCACACAAUAGGCAAAUUCUCUCUUCAGGCAAUCUGUUACAUUUACCCGUCUCUGUAGCCAGAUGGAGGGUGCCGGAUCUGAGUGGUGCACAAACAAACCUUUGGUUUUUUGUUAGGUUCAGGCAGACAUAUGGUUCAGGGGUGUAGUUCUCUUUGAUGAGAUUUAGAUUUAAACCAAAUAUCAGCUGCCCAUUUUUUCUUCUUGUUUUGUCAUUGAGUUGGUUGACACCAUAUGGUAAUUUGUUCCUGAAUAUACACUGAGUAUACCAAACAUUAGGAGCACCUUCCUAAUAUUGAGUUGCACUCCCCCUUUAGCCCUCAGAACAGAUUCAAUUUGUCAGGGUGUUUCACAGGGAUGCUGACUGAUGUUGACUUUGGGUGGUGGACCAUUCUUGAUACACAUGGGAAACUGUUGAGCAUGAAAAACUCAGCAGCAUUGCAGUUCUUGACACAAACCGGUGCGCCUUGCACCUACUGCCAUACCCCGUUCAAAGGCACUUAAAUAUUUUGUCUUGCCCAUUCACUGUCUGAAUGGCACACCUUUCUAACAAAACACAGAGGGUGUUCUUUAAUGGAUGCCUCUCCAACAUAAUCCAGGUAGAAUCAGGAAUUCCCCAGGGCAGCUGUCUAGGCCCCUUACUUUUUUCAAUCUUUACCAACAACAUGAGUAAAGCCAGUGUGUCUGUAUGCGGAUGACUCAACACUAUACACGUCAGCUACUACAGCGACUGAAAUGACUUCAACACUUAACAAAGAGCUUCAGUUCGUUUCAGAAUGGGUAGCAAGGAAUAAGUUAGUCCUAAAUAUUUCAAAAACUAAAAGCAUUGUAUUUGGGACAAAUCAUUCACUAAACCCUAAACCUCAACUAAAUAUUGUAAUAAAUCAUGUGGAAAUUGAGCAAGUUGAGGUGACUAAACUGCUUGGAGUAACCAUGGAUUGUAAACUGUCUUGGUCAAAACAUAUUGAUACAACAGUAGCUAAGAUGGGGAGAAGUCUGUCCAUAAUAAAGCGCUGCUCUGCCUUUUAAACAGCAACAAGGCAGGUCCUACAGGCCCUAGUUUUGUCGCACCUGGACUACUGUUCAGUCAUGUGGUCAGGUGCCACAAAGAGGGAAUUAGGAAAAUUGCAACUGGCUCAGAACGGGGCAGCACGACUGGCCCUUGGAUGUACACAGAGAGCUAAUAUUAAUAAAAUGCAUGUCAAUCUCUCCUGGCUCAAACGAGAGGAUAGAUUGACUUCAUCACUACUUUUAUUUGUGAGAGGUAUAGACAUGCUGAAUGCGUCUGUUUGAACUACUGGCACACAGCACGGACGCCCAUGCAUACCCCACAAGACAUGCCACCAGAGGUCUCUUCACAGUCCCCAAGUACAGAACAGACUAUGGGAGGUGCACAGUACUACAUAGAGCCAUGACUACAUGGAACUCUAUUCCACAUCAAGUAACUCAUGCAAGCAGUAAAAUUAGAUUGAAAAAAAAACAGAUAAAAAAUACACCUUCUGGAACAGCGGGGACUGUGAAGAGACACAAACACAGGCACAGACAUGCAUACACACACACACAAUAACAUAUGCACUAUACACACAUACACAUGGAUCUUGUGUUGUAGAUAUGUGGUAGUAGAGUAGGGGCCUGAGGGCACACACUUAAUGUGUUGUGAAAUGUGUUGUGAAUGUAUUGUAAUGUUUUUAAAAAUUAUAUAACUACCUUCAUUCUGCUGGACCCCAGGAAGAGUAGCUGCUGCCUUUCCAGCAGCUAAUGGCGAUCCAUAAUAAAUAAAAUGCAAUAUAUAUAUAUAUAUAUAUAUAUAUAUAUAUAUAUAUAUAUAUAUAUAUACAAUCCAUGUCUCAAGGCAUAAAAAUCUACACAGAUUGAAGUGGAUUUAGCAAGUGACAUCAAUUAGGGAUCCUAGCUUUCACCUGGAUUCACCAGGUCAGUCUGUCAUGGAAAAAGCAGGUGUUCUUAAUGUUUUGUAUACUCAGUGUAUACUGCAAAUCAGUUUCACAAAAAAUGGAUAACAGUUCUCCAUCCCACAGAUAGUUAUGAGUAAGGUCCCAGUCAACACUUUUUUUAGUGAUUCUGUGUUCUGGCAUAUUUAUCAUUAUCUGUAUUUAUUAUCUUUAUUUAUUAUUUGUCUGUUCUAUAGACGUAUCAUGUCCCCUAUAAUAAUAAUAAUAAUAAUAAUAAUAAUAUGCCAUUUAGCAGACGCUUUUAUCCAAAGCGACUUACAGUCAUGCGUGCAUACAAUAGAGCACGGCGCUGGUAGAGCACGGCGCUUGUAACGCCAAGGUAGUGGGUUCGAUCCCCGGGACCACCCAUACACAAAAAUGUAUGCACGCAUGACUGUAAGUCGCUUUGGAUAAAAGCGUCUGCUAAAUGGCAUAUUAUUAUUAUAUUAUAUUAUUAUUAUAUUAUUACAAUUUUUUUUUUUUGUGUAUGGGUGGUCCCGGUGAUCGAACCCACUACCUUAGCGUUCCAAGCGCCGUGCUCUACCAGCUGAGCUACAGAGGACCCCUUUUUGCAUAACUACACAUGGUUCCCAACCCAUAUCUCCACAGAUGGCCAGAUCUGGGGUCAGUUUGAUACCAUUCUACUCAUUAUGCUCCAGCCAUUACCACAAGCCCGUCCUCCCCAAUUAAGGUGCCACCAACCUCCUGUGGUGCACACCAAGAAAGCAGCGGAUUGCUCGGUUUAUAACAUUGUUACAAUUAGUACGUACUUUGGAUCCCCAUACCCCAGCAUCAUAGUCCAUCACUGGACACACACAAGAUUUAUACAGCUGAGAAUAAGCACAGUAACCAAGAUCCUUACAUAUUUUCAUUUUGUUUAACACUGACCCCAAAGCUUUACCGGCAGAAUCUGCUAGUGAUCUUAUGCCAUCUUCAAAGGGCAUGUGUUCAUCCAGAGUGAAACCAAGGUAUUUAUAGAGCCCAGUGUAGAAUAAUGGGGUUGGACCAAAACAAAGUUGUGUGCACUUCUCUGCAUGCCCUUCUUUCUGAAAUCAACAAUCUGGGUCUUCUCUUAAUUUAUCGCUAGUCUCCAUUUAGUACACCAUAAAUUAACAAUAUUCAACAUAUUCUGGAGGUCAUCUUCUGUCUCGGCAAGGAGAACUGCACUACAUGACCAAAAGUAUGUGGAAGCCUUCUCGUCGAACAUCUCAUUCCAAAAUCAUGGGCAUUAAUAUGGAGUUGGUCCCCCAUUUGCUGCUAUAACAGCCUUCACUCUUCUGGGAAGGCUUUCCACUAGAUGUUGGAACAUUGCUGUGGGGACUUGCUUCCUUUCAGCCACGAGCAUUAGUGAGGUUGGGCACUGAUGUUGGGCAAUUAGGCCUGGCUCACAGUUGGCGUGCCAAUUCAUCUUAAAGGUGUUCAGUGGGGUUGAGGUCAGGGCUCUGUGCAGGCCAGUCAAGUUCUUACACACCGAUCUCGGCAAACCAUUGCUGUAUGGACCUUGUUUUGUGCACGGAGCAUUGUCAUGCUGAAACAGGAAAGGGCCUUCCCCAAACUGUUGCCACAAAGUUGGAAGCAUAGAAUCGUCUAGAAUGUCAUUGUAUGCUGUAGCGUUAAAGAUUUCCCUUCAUUGGAACUAAGGAGCCUUGCCCGAACCAUGAAAACCAGCCCCAGACUAUUAUUCCUCCUCCACCAAACUUUACAGUUGGCACUAUGCAUUGGGGCAGGUAGCGUUCUUCUGGAAUCCGCGAAACCCAGAUUCGGCCGUCGGACUGCCAGAUGGUGAAGCGUGAUUCAUCACUCCAGAGAACGCGUUUCCACUGCUACAGAGUCCAAUGGUGGCGAGCUUUACACCACUCCAGCCGACACUUGACAUUGAGAAUGGUGAUCUUAGGCUUGUGUGCGGCUGCUCGACCAUGGAAACCCAUUUCAUGAAGCUCCCGAAGAACAGUUAUUGUGCUGACGUUGCUUCCAGAGGCAGUUUGGAACUUGGUAGUGAGUAUUGCAACCGAGGACAGGCGAUUUUACGCGCUUCAGCACUUGGCGUUCCCGUUCUAUGAGCUUGUGUGGCCUACCACUUUGCGGCUGAGCCGUUGUUGUCCUAGACGUUUCCACUUCACAAUAACAGCACUUACAGUUGACCGGGGCAGCUCUAGCAGGGCAGAAAUGUGACGAACUGACUUGUUGGAAAGGUGGCAUCCUAUGACGGUGCCAUGUUGAAAGUCACUGAGCUCUUCUGUAAGGCCAUUCUACUGCCAAUGUUUGUCUAUGGAGAUUGCAUGGCGGUGUGCUUGAUUUUAUACACCUGUCAGCAACGGGAUGAAAUAGCCGAAUGCACUAAUUUGAAGGGGUGUCCACAUACUUUUGUAAAUAUAGUGUAUGUUAUCAGCAUACAACAAGAUGCCCAGGAAUAUAUCCACAACUUCAACACCAAAUUUAGCAUGUUUGAUUUGUAGGGCUAAAUCAUUAACAUAUAGUGCAAAUAAAGUGGAUGAGCGUAGGUCUCCCUGCGUUACACUGUAAGGGGUUGGAAACCAGCCAGUCCUGAGGUCAUUGACCUGAACACAGGCAACUGGAGCCCGAUCGAGAGCUUUGAUGGAAUCAUAGAAUCUUCCAUCAAUUCCCAUUUUAAUUAGUCUAAAAGCAAGGAGGUCUCUAUUCAACCAAUCGAAAGCCUUCUGAAAAUAUGUUUUAUGAUGUGUUAACGCUAUGUGUGUGUGUGUGUGUUUGUGUGUUCCAGUGCUGUGUCGUGUGUAUGUGAGUGCUGACUCAUACCUGUGUGUUUACACACACUCUUUGCUGAGCGUGGCAGAGCUGCUGAGGAUUGUGGGUCAGAAGAUGGACCGACCAGAGGAGGACAUGGUGCUGGUGACACACACACCCACUGGAGGUACACACACACACACACACACACACACACACACACACACACACACACACACACACACACACACACACACACACACUGGAGGUACACACAUACACACACACCCACUGGAGGUACAAACACACACACUGGAGGUACACAGACACACACACACUGGAGGUACACAGACACACACACACUGGAGGUACACAGACACACACACACUGGAGGUACACAGACACACACACACUGGAGGUACACAGACACACACACACUGGAGAUAAACAUAUACACACACACUCCUUUACUGACGGCUUUUCACUCUCUCCACUUUUCUCUCUCCCUCUCCCCUUGUAGAGAGGAGGAUGUUACAGGCUGGUCAGUAUGUGUAUUCUGAGACUCUGACACCGCAGAGCAAGCUGGUGGUCUGUCGGAGGGAUCUCACACACAUUAUGGUAAUUAACACCCAGAUUACGGUUAUGAAUAAUUUGAUUAUUUACUGAUUUAGCUUACCUUGGGGUCGCUCGUAGGGGGUGGGGGGGGAUGUUGCACUACUAAAUCAAACUCAAGCAACAAACACUAACCUACUCCUAACAUACUGUUGUGUGCGUGCGUGUGCAGGCCCCUCUAACAGACAGUGAGCUGAGUAGGAGAACAGUGAGGUUGUUGGGUAUCAACACCUGGGAUAUGGCUGCUGUUCUCACACAACUGGACUGGAACCUCUUCAACUCCAUGCACGAGGUAACACACACACACACACAUACUGGAGGAACUUUAAAACACUCACAUGCACUCACACAUACACACUCAACUCUCUGUCUCUUCCCCCUGCAGCAGGAGUUGGUGUAUUCCACAAUGAGCUGUGGUACCGGAGGCAGCCACCGGGAGGGGCUAUCUGUAUUGCUGCAGCGCUGUAACGAGGUCCAGCAGUGGGUCAUGUCUGAGGUCCUGAUGUGUGUGUCACUCAACAAACGAGUCCAACUGCUCAAGAAGUUCAUCAAGAUCGCAGCGCAGUAAGUGAACACACACACUUUAGACAAUCAAUCAAACACACACACACAACUAAUCCCUGUUUUGUGUUAUGUAGCUGUAAGGCCCAAAGGAACCUGAACUCAGCGUUUGCCAUCAUCAUGGGACUCAACACAGCAGCCGUCAGCAGACUCAAUAUAACCAUGGGGGAAGGGAGAGUGAGUGUGAGGUGGAGUGGUGAGUGUGAGUGGAGUGGAUGGAGGUGGUGUGAGUGUGAGUGGGAGUGGGACGUGUGAGUGUGGAGUGUGAGUGGAGGGAGGUGAGUGAGUGUGGUGUGAGUGGGUGUGGUAGUGGAGUGGAGGGGAGUGGAGUGGAGUGUGGGGUGUGGUGUGAGUGGGUGAGUGUGAGGGUGAGUGGGGAGGUGGGAGUGUGGUGUGGUGGAGUGUGAGUGUGAGGUGGGGAGUGGAGUGUGAGUGGUGAGGGUAGGUGAGUGGUGUGGGUGGGGAGGUGGUGUGAGUGUGUGAGGGAGUGUGAGUGGUGGGUGUGAGUGUGGUGAGUGUGGUGUGAGUGUGAGUGGUGGAGUGUGGAGUGUGGGUGAGGUGAGUGUGCGGUGAGGUGAGUGGGUGUGAGUGUGCGUGUGGUGUGAGUGUGAGUGUGAGUGGAGUGUGAGUGGUGGUGAGUGUGGUGUGAGUGGAGUGUGAGUGUGGAGGUGUGAGGUGAGUGUGAGGGUGGUUGCAGUGUGAGUGGAGUGUGAGUGUGCGGGUGAGUUGCGUGUGAGUGUGAGUGGUGAGUGUGCGUGUGAGUGUGAGUGUGAGUGUGAGUGUGCGUGUGUGUGAGUGUGCGUGUGAGUGUGCGUGUGCGUGUGAGUGGGUGUGCGUGUGCGUGGCGUGUGAGUGUCUGUGAGUGUGAGUGUGAGUGUGAGUGUGCGUGUGAACACUCUGACGGUGUGUAUCUAUUCCAUAUGUUUACUUUCAGAAAGUUCCGGGGAAAUUCAAGAAGAUCUUCUCUGAACUGGAGCUGAUCACAGUAAGACUUAUUAUCAUUGGUUUAAAGUAAUAUUCUUCCUGAUUGAUAGACUGGUGGAAAAUAGCUAAGAGAAGGUCAUUAAUUAAUUAAUUAAAAUAUUCCAAGACUGUCGGCGUAUCAGUUUCUAGGUUCACAUCCACAUUACCCUAAGCCUAACCUCUGACCCCUAACCUUACCCUGACUCCUAAACCUAACCUCUCCUCACUCUCUCCAGGACCCGUCUCUGAACCAUAAGGCCUACAGAGAUGCCUUCAAGAAGAUGAAGCCUCCUAAGAUCCCCUUUAUGCCCCUGCUUUUGAAAGACAUCACCUUUAUCCACGAGGGAAACAAAACCUUUCAUGACAACCUGGUCAACUUCCAGAAGCUGGUGAGUCAUGACAUGUCUGUUGUGUGUGUGAACGUUUGUCUGUCUGUGUUUAAUAACCGUUAUCAUGGUGACUGACUCUCUUCUAUGCCCCGCCCGCUCAGCAUAUGAUCGCCGACACAGUGCGUCUGAUUCGCCACUGCCAAAGCGACCAACUCGGUAUGUUGUCUCUGUCUGUAAUGUUGUUCUGUUCUGUCUGUCUGUCUGUUUCUGUGUCUAUGUGUCUGUAAUGUUGUUCUGUUCAGUCUAUGUGUCUGUAAUGUUGUUCUGUCUGUCUGUCUGUCUCUGUGUCUGUAAUGUUGUUCUGUUCAGUCUCUGUCUGUCUGUGUCUGUAAUGUUGUUCUGUUCAGUCUCUGUGUCUGUAAUGUUGUUCUGUCAGUCUGUCUGUCUCUGUGUCUCUGUGUCUGUAAUGUUGUUCUGUUCAGUCUCUGUCUGUCUCUGUCUGUCUGUGUCUGUAAUGUUGUUCUGUUCAGUCUCUCUGUGUCUGUAAUGUUGUUCUGUUCAGUCUCUGUGUCUAAUGUUGUUCUGUCUGUCUCUGUGUCUAUGUGUCUGUAAUGUUGUUCUGUUCAGUCUCUGUCUGUCUGUCUAAUGUUGUUCUGUUCAGUCUCUGCUGGUAAAGUCAUGCAGUGCAGCUUCAGUGUUUUUGUCUGUGUGUGCGUGCAUAUAUGAUGUGUGUAUAACUGUCUGUCUCCUAGGUAACGAGGUGGUGGGGAGCAACAGUGCAGAGGUCAGGGCGAGCGUUCACUACCUCCACAUCAUCGACAAUCAACAGACACUGUUCCAACUGUCACACAAACUGGAGCCGCGCGCCUGA